AUGACUAGACAGAAGACUUAUUUCAACAUUUCCAUUAAUAAUAAACCAAAGGGUAAAAUUGUAUUUGAAUUAUACAAUGAUAUUGCUCCAAAGACCGUUGAGAACUUUGUUACUCUAUCCAACGAAGGUAACGGCUUGAAGUGCAAAUCAAACCCAGAUGUUCCACUAUGUUACAAAGGAUCAAUCUUUCAUAGAGUGAUUAAGGAUUUCAUGUUGCAAUUUGGUGAUUUUACAAAUUUCGAUGGUACUGGUGGUGAAAGUAUUUAUGGUGAGAAAUUCGAAGAUGAAAAUUUUACUGUUAAACACGACAAACCAUUCUUAUUAUCAAUGGCUAAUGCUGGUCCAAACACUAACGGUUCUCAGUGUUUUAUCACAACUGUUCCAACUCCACAUUUAGAUGGUAAACAUGUUGUCUUUGGUGAAGUCAUCGAAGGUAAAAGAAUCGUUAGGUUAAUUGAAAACUUACAAUGCGAUCAAGAAAACAACAAACCAUUGUAUGACGUUAAAAUCGAUGAAUGUGGCAUUCUUCCAAAUGAUUACGAAGUUCCUGAAAAUGCGGAAGAAACCCCAAUGGAUCAAUACGGCGAUAAUUACGAGGAUUCAUUGAAAAAUGAUCAAAAAGUAGACAUUAAUGAUUACGACUCAGUUUAUAAAGCCAUUGAAUUUGUUAAAAAUAUUGGUACAGAACAAUUCAAAUUGAAGGAAUUGGAAGUUGCCCUUGAAAAGUAUGAAAAAUGUAAUAAAUUCUUGAAAGAAUAUUACCCAGAUGACCUAGAGGAAGACCAACUUAAAGCCAUCCAACAAUUGAAAAUAUCAAUACCAUUGAACAUAGCAUUAUGUGCAUUGAAGUUAAAGAAUUAUAGAAGAGUUCUAGUAGCAGCCUCUGAAAUCCUAUAUGCCGAAGGCGCAGAUGACAAAUCUAAGGCUAAAGCAUUAUACCGUCGUGGUAUGGCAUACUACUACAUGAACGACACUGACAUGGCAUUGGCAGAUUUAGAAAUGGCAACCACAUUCCAACAAAACGAUCCAGCUAUUUUGAAAGCAAUCCAAGAUACAAAGAAUAAAAGAAAAGCAGAAAACAACAAGCAAAAGAAAUCUCUAUCUAAGAUGUUCUCAUAA